AUGUCCGGAAGAGGAAAGGGAGGAAAAGGUUUGGGGAAGGGAGGCGCCAAGCGUCACCGUAAGCCCGCAAUUCGUCGCCUUGCCCGGCGAGGUGGUGUCAAGCGUAUCUCUGGUCUGAUUUACGAGGAGACGCGCGGUGUGCUGAAGGUGUUUUUGGAGAACGUUAUUCGCGAUGCCGUUACCUACACCGAGCAUGCCAAGAGGAAGACUGUCACUGCCAUGGAUGUGGUGUACGCUUUGAAACGUCAGGGUCGCACUCUGUACGGCUUCGGAGGCUAA